AUGAUGGAUUUUGCAACAUUUCCUUCGUAUUCCUAUAAUUCUUCGUGUUUUCACACACCUCCACCGGAUCCGAGGACUGCACGGACUGCAGACGCUGGUGAUACCCUCCUAAUUGUUCCCACUCUGUCUCAAGGCGCUGGUGAUGGACGAACAGGAAAAACGAAAACUCGACCGAAAACGUGCCCGGAAUCGAGCUGCAGCCACGAAAUGUCGACAGAAGAAAAUCGAUCGGAUUCAAGAACUCGAAGGAAUGGUUCUGCUGGCUGGCCGUGCAGCUCGUCGUACAUCUUGUCCAGAUGA